CUUUCCUCUCCCAAUAACGCACAAAAAAAUCUCUCCGUCGAGGGUUGCGAUGAAGAUGACGGUGGCGACGAGGACUGCAAGGAAAAAGACGACGACGCAAGGAGAAGACGACGACGCAAGGAGAAGACGCCGGUGCUUGGCGACGAUCGUAGCGGUGAUUGAAGGAAGAAUGUGUCGGCCGAGAGGGAGGAAGACGACGACGGCGGCGGCAAGGAGAAGAAGGUUGUUGAGGGAUAUUGGACAAUGACAAGAACUAAACAAAAGCGAAGAGACUGAAAAUAAGAGAAGGAUCAUCCCAACCUCGUCGUGGCAUGACCGAAACAUGGGGGGCUUGGAGGACAUGAUCAAAAAGAUUAUCGAGAGUUUGAUCAAGCAAGACAACAUUUGAACUAUUCCUUUUUCGUUUUUUUAUGUGGUUGUACUUUUUUGGAUUUUAGAUUAUGAGAUUGCCAAGUUGGAAUGACAUUAAUACUAGUUGUA